AUGCAGAUGCCUCAAGUCGCGAUUGUUACUGGAGGAGUAUAUGCAAAUGCGGGCGUCUCGGACCGGACUGAUCUCAUUGAGCCAGCAGAAGAACUGGAGAACGGGGCUCCGCCUCGACCUGACACGUUUGUUGUCGAUGUCUGCCUGUUAGGGGUGAUCUAUGCAAGCUAUCUGGCCCUUCACUUCUUCCGCAAAAACACCACUCAAGGAGGAAAGCUGGUCAUGACCAGUAGCAUUGCUGGAAUCUACUCAGCUCCUGGUGUCUCAGUUUAUGCCGCAGCGAAGCAUGGGGUGAUCGGGCUGACAAGGUCGCUCGCCUACAGGCUUCAACAGAGAGGCGACACUAACAUUUCCGUCAAUGCCAUUUGUCCUGCUUUGGUCGUGACAGGAUUGGUGAAUCCGGACCUAGCUAAAAGGGUUCCCAAGGAAUAUAUCACACCAGCUGCAACAAUUGUCAAGGCAAUCGAGCGGUUUAUCGAUGAUCCUAGUAUUACUGGUCAAGUAGCAGAAUGCAGUGGGGAAGAGAUCUUUUACCGAGAUGGACAUGCAUUUAGCAAUGAAGGAUCCAAAUGGGUCAUGACGGGCGGACUGAAGAGGCUGCUGUUGCCUGGAGAAGAGCAGGCUGUACGAAAGUAG